AUGGCCAUAAAUCCUCUUCCAUCAUCAAUGUACCACUUACAUGAUGAAGAAUACAUAGACAUUGAAGUAAGCUCUUACUAUUACUUUUCAUCAUCAACAUGUCCUAAUUCUUCUUCCCCUCAAAACAGUGAAUUUGAGUUUCAAAUUACCAAUUAUAACAAAGAAUCCACAACUUUCCCUGCUGAUGAACUCUUUUACAGAGGCAAACUCCUUCCUCUUCACCAAAAAAUCCUUCAAACAAAGCCCUUUGAAGGUUUAGAAGAUAGCUUUUGCAUAAAUUUCCUGAUCACCCCAAUUGUUUCACCAACACAAACUUGCAAUGUGAGUUUUGAACUUAAUCCAAAUAAUCAUAAAAUAAGUCCUAACAAAUUGUGGUCUAAUCUCAUUAAACAUUCUUUAAAAAUCCAAAAGUUCAAAGCUUCAAAGGCUUUCCUCAAAUCUUUGUUUAUCAAAUCUUCUUGCACAAAUAUUAACAUUUGUUCUAGUAAGGACAUGAAAGUCUCCAAGAAAAAAACUACUAAUAAUACAUCAUGUGCAAUAAAUAAGAAUGAAGGUUUGUCUUCAAGGUGGCAUUCUUCAACAAAAUGUUUGUUUUCCUCUUCAACUAAUUCUUCCACAAAUGGUGGCUCUUUCUCAUCAUCAUCAUCUAAUUCUUCCUUCAACUCCAAUAAUGGUUUUACUUCAGAGAUUGUUGAGGGUUCAAUUGAGGCUGCUGUUGCUCAUUGUAAAAAGUCCCAAGAGUUUGGAUGGGCUUAA